UCCAGUGAACAGUUAAUGUCUCUACCGCCCUUCUCCUUCUCUUCUCUUCUCCUCCCACACAGCCAAACCAAUACAAACAUUUCUGCACAGGGAGGAGAGAGACUCACCAACUGUCCUUCCUUGUUAGGGAACCCACAGGGAGGGACACUGCUGCAAGAAGAAGAAGAAGAAAUGGCACAAGCCGACAAAACUUUCCCUGAGAUCGUGGAGUUGAACGUGGGCGGGCAGGUGUAUGUGACCCGACUCGAAACUCUCACCGCGGUCCCCAACUCUCUCCUGUGGACCCGGUUCACCCAGGGCUCCCCGCAAGAGCUGCCAAAAGACAGCAAGGGCCGCUUCUUCUUCGACCGGGACGGCUUUCUGUUCCGCUACAUUUUGGACUACUUACGGGACUCUGAGCUCUUCCUGCCCGAGUUUUUCAAGGAGAGGAGGCGGCUGCAGAAAGAGGCGGACUUCUUCCAGCUGCCGGAGCUUUCCAGGCGCCUGGCGGCGGGCAGCAAGGACAGCUUGUGCGCGGAGGACAGCGGGGAGCCGGAGGAGGCUGAGCUGACGAGCCCGGUCACCUCCUCCUCCUCCUCCUCGGACAGGACCACCGUGCGCUCCCCCGGGGCCAGCUCCGGCUACAUCACCAUCGGGUACCGAGGCAGCUACACCAUCGGGAGGGACAUCCAGGCGGACGCAAAGUUCCGCAGGGUCGCCAGGAUAACCGUGUGCAGCAAGAUCUCUCUGGCCAAGGAGGUCUUCGGGGAGACCCUGAACGAGAGCCGCGACCCGGACCGACCCCCCGACAAGUACACCGCCAGGUACUACCUCAAGUAUAACUUUCUGGAGCAGGCGUUCGACCGGCUGGCCGAGGCUGGUUUCCACAUGGUGGCCUGUAACUCCACCGGGACGUGCUCGUACGGCAGCAACGACCCGGGGGAAGACAAACUGUGGACCAGCUACACCGAGUAUGUUUUCAGCCGGUGAACAAGAGCCACUAACUAAUCACCAGUUAGAACAGUUAUCACAUAAAUUAACACCCCGCAAGUGUCAGUUCAGCCUCAUGUAGUCACAGUUUCAUGUGUGAGUUUGUUUCGGCUCUGUUUGAGAUCAGCCAGAGUUUAACUUCUCUGUGUCUUUUUUAUUAUUAUUAUUUUUUUAAUACUUCCUCUGGUUCUGUAAGACCAGACUCCCAAGUCAAACAUGCAUCUGAUAGGUCAGGUCCAAGUUACUCUUCUGAUCUGUCUGGAUCUGUGUCCAUAGCUGGGGUUUAUUUUUAAUGCUGCCUAACCUUUAAAAUGCCUCCACAAAGUCUGUUUUGCUCAGAGGUGAACGACAUGAAUGGUUAAGUCAGGGUGGCAGAAAUGUUAGGGGGGCUGGUCUUCUUCUGAUCCCCGCUGAACCGUGCCCGCAUGGCCGUGUUGUUGUAGAGAGGCUUUCUGAUGUUCUGAACACAUUAACCAGGGCACAUGUGCUGUAAAUAGCCUGUCGCUUGGUCUGUAAUUAGGGGAAUCUUUAUUAUUUUUCUCUUGUGUCUACUCUGACCACUCAUACAGCAUCACUGCCUUUUAAGAUGACACCUUUGGACUUUUUUUUUCAUAAUGCUACAAAUAUUCUGUCAUGUGCCAUCGAUGAUGAGUUGCUGUCAUUGUUUUUGUUUUUUUUCCUCUUCAGCUAAUAAAGUGUGACGGUGUAACACUA